AUGGUCUCUUUUGUCUGCGACACUUGCCAGGAAACAGUCAAGAAGCCCAAGCUCGACCAGCACUUCGGCCGUUGCCCCUACGCCCAAUUCUCCUGCAUCGACUGCUCCGUCUCCUUCCAAGGCGUCGAGUACCGGUCCCAUACCUCUUGCAUCAGCGAGGCUGAAAAAUACCAAAAGGCAUUAUACCGUGGACCCAAGAAGGGUGGACACCAGAACAACGGACAAAAGAACAACAACAACAACCAGAACAACAAGGGCGCACAGGAGGCCAAGGCACCAGCACCAGCACCUGAGAAGAAGGCAGAAGAGAUUGUUGCUGUUCCUACCUCGAUUGUUGACGAGAUGAAGUCCAAGAAGCGCAAGGCCGAGGAACCUGUCCAGGAGGAGAAGACUGCCAAGAAGGAGAAGAAAGACAAGUCCGAGAAGAAGGAGAAGAAGGAAGAGAAGAAGGUAGAGAAGAAGGAGAAGAAGGAGGAGAAGAAGGUAGAGAAGAAGGAGAAGAAGGAGGAGAAGAAGGAGGAGAAGAAGGAGAAGAAGAAGGAGAAGAAGGACAGGAAGGAGAAGAAGGAGAAGAAGUAA